CUUGCCCGUCGCGCCUGCCUCAAUAUUUGACAGCAUUUCUAGGCCAAAGAAACGAUUGCAUGCUUGGCUGAGCCAAUCGGUGUGGGACUCGUGGUUUGCGCUCGUUGAUGUGGCCGUCGCCCAACACUGAUACCAAUACCAGGCGUCUCUUGCGACCUUAGCCUUAUUGUCUUCUUUCUCUGCCAGCAUACACAACACUACGAUAUAUACAUAAAUGCGAAUCCUUAUUGAGAAGAAAAUUCGAGGCACAAUACUGUCGAACCAUGAGCGCUACCAUCUUCGGCAGCCGAACGUUUCCCCGGCCGCCUCCACUGUCUCGAUCGCUCCGACCGCGGAGAUGCCAGUCCUCAACACCAUCCAGACCAGAGCCACCGAACGCCUCCCCCCCACCUAAUGCGCAGUCAGCUGCCUCGGCCUCGGGUGUGCCAGUAGUUCCGACCUCCACAGCUGUACAAUCGGGCUCGCGAUCACUGCUUCAAAUCAUUCAGGCUGGCCCUGUGGGAAGAGUGGCGCGGGCAUAUUCGCGGGUCCAGGAGCGACGGCCGUAUGCGACGCAGUUGUGGAGUUCGGUCAUAAUCUAUCUUUGCGGAGAUCUGAGUGCGCAGUUGUUGUUCCCAGCGGAUCCUGCGCCCGCGACGGCGGCUACACAGUUGGAAGGGAAAAAGAAUGAUAAACCUGGGACGGAUAGCCAAGGGGAGGAGGAAAAGACCGGUGGAGGAUAUGACCCGUUGAGGACGCUGCGACAUUUGACGGUGGGGAUAGGGUCGAGUAUUCCAACUUUCAAAUGGUUUAUGUUCCUCCAUAAUAACUUCAACUACUCGUCCAAGUUCCUCUCUAUCCUGACCAAAGUCUGCGUGCAGCAGGCAGUUUUCACCCCCGUCUUCAAUACCUACUUUUUCGGUCUUCAGUCAUUGUUGACAGGCAAGCCAUUUGAGGAGACGUUUGAGCGACUUAAGCUGGCUCUGCCGGUUAGCAUUUCGAAUAGCGUGAAGCUGUGGCCGGCUGUUACCGCCUUCAGCUUCAUGUAUGUGCCGCCCCAGUUUCGAAGCAUCUUCUCGGGUGUCAUUGCAGUGGGAUGGCAAACAUAUCUGAGCUGGUUGAAUCAGAAGGCGGCGCGAGAGGUCGAGGCCGAGAUGGCCGAGAUACCUGAGUCAGUGAGUACUGGCGCUGACACAGCGGCAAUGAAGGCAUGAUAUAGAAGUGCUCUGCAUCCAGAUUUUUCCUAUUGGUUUUUUCAUCUUGCUUUGAUUGGGAUAUCCUAGACGUUUUUUCAUGGCGUG